UAUCUGCUCCACUCUUCUAAGCAAUCGUAGUCAAAAGCGAAAGCCCUGCUUCCGUCUUCUUCCCCAUGCUGCAAUCCGUCCCCGAUACCCUCGAUCUUGGCAAUGGGCGAGUCUCGCGGCUUUUCUUGGCUGGUCAAGUCAUGCAUAGCCGAUUCCUGCCGGGAAAUUGCCCGAUCGCCAGCGGCCAACCACCGUCACCCCAAUGAAUUCAUUCCCUCCGACGGUUCCCGCUUCUCCUCCCCAAUAUUCAACCUCCCGGACGAUCUCCUCUUCGAGUGCUUCUCCAAGGUUCCUCUCUCCACCCUCCCCUCCCUAUCCCUUGUUUGCCGCCGCUUCGCCAUCCUUCUUGACAACCCGGCUUUUCAUGAUCUCCGCCGUUCUCGCGGUCGCCUCCGCCGCACCCUCUUCGCCAUUUGCAUCUCAGAUCUCGGCAUCAUCACUUCCACCGCCCUCCCCGUCCCCUUUCCGACUCACCUCGAUUCCUCCAUCCCCAUUUCAUUUUCCACCGACCUCCCCGCAGACGCUUUUUUUCAACCCCGCCUCGCCGCCAUAGGUCGUUCCAUAUACAUUAUCGGUCGGGGAGCCACUCUGCGAUACGACACCUUAACCGGUGCCGUCGCUUUCCGUGCACCGACCAUAUUCCCCCGCAAGAAGUUCGCCGCAGCUGUGAUCGGCUGUCGUAUAUAUGUAUCGGGAGGCGCCACCCGCACAUCCGACGUUGAAGAGUACAAUCCGGAGGCGGAUGAGUGGCGGGGGGGUGCGGGGGCCCCCAAAAGGGGGUGGGUGGGGUUGGGGCGCGUUGGGGCUGCCGCGGGUGGGAUUUUUUAUGUGAUUGGGGGUCUCCGUGUGGGAAGCCGGAGGGAGGAAGAAGAAGAGGCGCGAGGCGCACAUACGUGUGCGGGAUCGAUGGACGCUUAUCACGUAAGAGCUGGGGUGUGGCUGCGGGUGCGCGCAGUGGUGCCGGGCGGCGGAUGCAUCGUUGGGGCGUGCGGUGCAGGGGCGCACGUCUACGUGCUGGCCAGCCAUGCUGUAGAGCUUUCGUUCUGGAGGUGGGACGGGAAGGGGCGGCGAGGAGGGGAUUGGACGAGGCUUGAACCGCCUCCGGUGGGAGGGCAACUCCGGCUCGGCGGUGCGGUGCAUUUCUCGUGUACGAGUAUCGGUGAUGCGAAGCUGGCGGCACUUGUGCACGCAUCGGCGAGCCAUGGGGGCGAUAUAGGAAGAAGGUCGAGGGGCGGGGAGGCGGUCCUUCUCGUCUACGAUAUUGAAGCCGACGAGUGGUCUCGUGGGCUGGAUCUCCCGCCUGGUUUGCGCCGUGCUGUUUGUGCUUAUGUGGAGUGCUAGUGCUGGUAAAUGAGUAUGCUUGAUGUGCCAUGAAUUCUCUGGCUGAAAUCUGGGCGGCUUGAUUUGUUACUCCAGGCUCACAGGUACAUUUAGGACUGAUUUCGAAAGAUGGAGCAUUUGCGAUUUCUGUUAUUUUGAUUUUUGAUAUUGGUUGCAUGGGGAAGCUUUCUGGUUUCAGUUUGUUUUCUUUAACAUCUUUGGAGUUAAUCUGAUUUUUUUCCCUAAAUCCUAGAACUUUUGUCUUGAAUACUUAUUUUAUGGUUCGUUUCAUAAAUAGAAGUCCUAUUUGUGCU